CCAAAACCAACUCGUCCGGUUCAAUGGUCGCCCAGUUCGUUAGGGUUCAGUGGAUCUCUAUAAAUAAGCCUUUUUCUUUCGUUGAUGAAGCUAUUCAGCCGCCGGCGCUUCGACAUGGUAGCCUUUAGGUUCCAUCAGUAUCAAGUGGUCGGGAGGGCGCUCCCUACGGCCGCCGAUGAGCACCCGAAGAUCUACCGGAUGAAACUGUGGGCAACGAACGAGGUCCGCGCCAAAUCCAAGUUUUGGUACUUCUUGAGGAAGCUUAAGAAGGUUAAGAAGAGCAAUGGACAAGUGCUGGCAAUCAACGAGAUCUUUGAGCGUAAACCCACCAAGAUCAAGAAUUAUGGCAUCUGGUUACGAUACCAGAGCAGAACAGGCUAUCACAACAUGUACAAGGAAUACCGUGAUACUACUCUCAAUGGUGCUGUUGAGCAGAUGUAUAAUGAGAUGGCCUCUCGUCAUCGAGUAAGGCAUCACUGUAUUCAAAUAAUUAAAACAGCUACAAUUCCGUCUAAGCUUUGCAAGAGGGAGAGUACUAAGCAGUUCCAUGACUCAAAAAUCAAGUUUCCUCUGGUGUUUAAGAAGGUUAGGCCUCCAACCAGGAAGUUGAAAACCACAUAUAAGGCAUCGAGGCCAAACUUAUUUAUGUAGCUUCAUUCGGCGUUUGCUUAUUUUUGAAUCUCUAGUAGCAUAAGAUGUGGAAGCUUACAUGAUUUCAAUGUUGCAUUUAAUGGUGCUUUUCAUAGCCACUCACUGAACUGUUUGAGAUUGCUACAUGCACUUUUUGAUAUGUUUUACAUAAACUGAAUUUGAUGGAUGGUGUAUUAGUUUUAGUAAACGGAUGAUUGAAAAAGUUGA